AUGGCUCUUGCAGUGGAACAGCAAGAGGAGCAGCUGCGGGAUCUGCAGCGGCGCUACUGCACUAUGGAGGCGGAGCAUCACGCCAACGUGAAAGCCAUGCAACGCAACAUGCAGGCGAACAGCUCUUCGUUGUUGCAGCUGAAAGCAGAGAACGCUGAUUUGCUGCAGCAUCUCAAAGACCUAAAAUCUCAACGGGUCCUACCAGCUCCUCAGCAUAUCGAAAGAAAGGUUAGCAGCAGAUGCUUGUUUGGGCAGCGUGCCCCAGCACAGCAUCUGAAUGAGGAGGUGGCACGUCUUAGGACGCAACUGGACAGGCAGAGAAACCAAAAUGCGAAACACCGCCAGCGCCUGGAUCAGAUGCAAGACAAGCUGAAGGAGUUGGAGCUAGCUGCUACUAAGCCUUGCACAGAGGAUUCUCCUGCGAUUCGCUCCAUGCGGGCUAUUGAAGGCCGCUUAGAUCAGGAAAUCCUUACGGUGCUGCUACUGCAGGCCUUGAUAGAGCUUAAUGAAGCUUAUUCCGUUCGCGCCACGUAUGAGCAAAUCGCUCGUAGAUUGAAGAAGGAAAGAAUUGGGCUGUACAAACACCUGGAAGCACUUGAAGAGAACCUAAAGGCAGAGCUUCAUCGCUUGUCCAAGGCCCUGGAAAGCGACAGGCAGAAAAGAGGGGCCGAGGUUAAGGAAAAGCAUACGGUCAUAAGGCAGUGGAUGCGAGAAGCAGCUUGCCAAGAGGCAGCAGCCCGAUCAGGUAAAAGCCUAUGGAAUUUUUCAGCUACAUCAUCGGCAGCGGGAUCUCUUCUCCCUUUGGAGAGCCCACGAGACAGCGCCGAGGCAGAGGCUUAUGAAGAUGCGUUGCGGCGCCUUAAAGAGGCCACGGGCGUUUCUGAUGCAAACGAUAUUAUUGAGCACUUCCUUUCCCAAAACCACAUAUACCAGCAGCUCUUGGCUUUUGCCCAGAGGGUGGAAGAACGCCGGUUUGCCUCUCUCUCUUCAGGGAUUGUGUUAGGGGGCGGGCCGCCCCCUGAGGUGGCAGAGGCGAAACUUACCGCAGCUAAGCAGCUGCUGCAAAGCCAGCAGCAAGCACACUACAGGACGCAGCACCUACUUUCAGAGCUACAGACGGGGGUUAUACCCUUGAUCAAAAAGUUGGCUAGGGCCAAAGAACAGGUGGACUUUAUGGCAGAACCUGAUGCCUUGUUUUUGCCACUGCCUUUGCCCUUUCGCAUACAUGAGGCUACCCCGACCGCCGUAGCUCCUGCAGUAAGGUAUCGACGGUCUAGGACACUAACGUGCGUGUCUGCUGUGCCACAGUUCCAGUGGCUGCCUUCGCUUGAGGAGGGCGCUCCGUUGUGUGAGCUCUUCUCAUUUUGCUGCACUGCUACCAGGGCUUUAGUAGAAGCAACAGUGAGUUGGCAGCACUAG